UCAGUCGUAGCUUCAUUUCAGAUUUCCAGUCUUCUUUCUCCACCCCCCAAUUGAUUACAGGAAUCAAAGCUAACCCUAGUUAGAGAAGAAGGCAACCAUGGGGAUCAAACACAUCCUCAUCCUAGCUCGAAGGUCAAAUCGACCUUCAUCGUCGAUUUCUAAUCACGCCAUCCGAUCCCUUUCCACAUCAUCAUCGGCAGUCGCUAAGACUUCCGAUGAAUCCUCUCUACCCUCACCUCCAUCGCCGACCACCAUGAUAUAUGAUCGUUUAUCCGUACAGGUGAAGGAGAAACUUAAGCAGCUUGAGAACCCAGACCCUCGAUUUCUCAAAUACAAUUCCCCUCACCCUUCUGUUAAAGACCAUACUGCCAUCCUCGCCGCACCGUUGACCCGCGUUACAACUCUUCCCAAUGGUUUGAGAGUCGCCACCGAAUCGAAUCUGGCUGCGAAAACAGCCACUGUCGGUGUCUGGAUUGACGCUGGAAGCCGGUUCGAGACGAGCGAAACUAAUGGUACUGCUCAUUUCCUCGAGCAUAUGAUAUUUAAAGGAACCCAGAAGAGGACCUGUAGGCAAUUGGAGGAGGAGAUAGAGAAUAUUGGUGGGCAUCUGAAUGCUUACACGUCAAGAGAGCAGACGACGUUCUACGCCAAGGUUAUGGAGAACAACGUUCCCUUAGCGUUGGAUAUUUUGGCAGAUAUAUUGCAAAAUUCCAAGUUUGAUGAGAAUAGUAUCAACAGAGAACGCAACGUGAUACUCAGGGAGAUGGAAGAGGUGAUCAGUCAGAAGGAAGAAGUUAUUUUUGAUCACCUUCACGCUACUGCAUUCCAGUAUACUCCUCUAGGCAGAACCAUUUUGGGUCCGGCUGAAAAUAUUAAGUCUAUAACCAAAGAAAACAUCCAUCAAUACAUAUCUACUCACUAUACUUGUCCAAGAAUGGUCAUUUCUGCCUCUGGAGCUGUUAAGCAUGAGGAUAUUGUUGAUCAAGUAAAGAAAUUAUUCACUAAUUUAUCAUCAAAUCCAACCACAGCUUCUGAGUUAGUAGCUAAGGAACCGGCUGUUUUCACUGGAUCUGAGGUUAGGAUUAUUGAUGAUGAUAUGCCUUUGGCACAAUUUGCUGUUGCUUUUGCUGGUGCUUCGUGGGCUGAUCCAGAUUCCAUUGCUUUGAUGGUCAUGCAAUCUAUGCUGGGAACUUGGAAUAAGAAUGUGGGUGGUGGAAAACACAUGGGAUCUGAGCUUGCUCAACGGGUUGGUAUAAAUGGUAUAGCUGAAAGCGUGAUGGCUUUCAACACCAACUACAAUGAUACAGGUCUCUUUGGUGUUUAUGCUGUUGCUAAGCCCGACUGCUUGGAUGACUUGGCCUGGGCAAUUAUGCGUGAAGUAAGCAAGUUAAGUUACAAAGUUUCAGAAGCUGAUGUUAUUCGUGCUCGUAACCAGUUGAAAUCUUCCUUGCUCCUCCACAUAGACGGGACAAGUCCUGUUGCUGAGGAUAUUGGACGCCAGCUUCUUACAUAUGGUAGAAGAAUCCCAUUUGCUGAACUCUUUGCCCGUAUUGACGCUGUUGAUGCUAGUACAGUCAAACGUGUCGCAAACCGCUUUAUAAAUGAUCAGGAUGUUGCAAUUGCUGCUAUGGGUCCUAUCCAAGGUUUGCCAGACUACAACUGGUUCAGACGCAGGACCUACUUGCUUCGAUACUAGGUCUUCUCACUCGCAAAACCAGCUCCAAUUCCAUCUUUCUGAGAUACCGAAACUUAUCUCCCCAGUAUUUAAUGUUGCUGGCAACUUUCCAGUUAACACUGGGCCAAUCUUUUUUUUGUUAAUAAUUGUUGCAAUACCGAAUUGGGUAACUUAACAUUUUAUUGGAUGAAAGCAUUUUUUUGUUAUGUGAAAUAAUGAAGUGAUAUAUUUGGAGACUUUUUUGGUCUCUUGAACAA